GUCUUACAACAUUCUACCAGAAAAAGAAGAACAGCAAGUCAUGUAAUUAUUCACAGUUCCUCUGUUUCUGGUGCCAAGCACGCCGAAUAUCCUGUGUUUGAACCGCUGCUGUGGUUUUAGUCUUAGAGGAGGUGAACAAAAAAUGGAGGAAGAAGUGAAUUACGCGACGGUUGUUUUCAAGGCUAAAGACAAACCACAAGAUCUGGAAAUAAUCUAUGACAAGGCGAAGGCUGGAGAGCAGGAAUCGGAUACCAAACCUGUCUUACCAGAAAAUAAACAGAAAGCUCGAGUGUCUACUGCGCUUCAUCUGGUGGCAGCAGGUUUGGGGAUUAUCUGUGUGAUCCUGGUGUCAGUCAUCGUCCUCCUCACUAUCCACUUUAACGGAGUCAUAUCAGAGCAGAGCAGACAAAACACCAAUUUAACAGAGCAGAAUCAUCAGCUGUGGACGGAAAAGACGGACUUACAGAGACAGACAGAGGAGCUGAGCAGAGAGAAGGACGGACUCAACUGGACCAUCGGAUUCAUAAUGGAACAUGAAAUAUUCCCAGUGAAAGCCUUCUGCCCACAGAAAGUGUGUAAACCUUGUAAGGACGGCUGGCUGCUGUUUCAGUCCAAGUGUUACUUGUUUCAUGAGCCUUACUAUGGGAAAAAUUGGGAGGAAAGCCGUAAAGAAUGCAAAGGGAUGAAUGCAGAUCUGGUGGUUAUUGAAAGCCAGGAGGAACAGCAUUUUAUCAACAACCACACAAAAGAAGGCUCAUAUGCAGAUAAUGGCUAUUGGAUCGGCUUGAGCAACAAGGAUGUAACGAACACGUGGAUGUGGGUAAAUGGAAGCAAUCUUACUGUGACGUACUGGAAGACAGAAGAAGCUGGCAAUAGGGGAUCUUGUACUCAGAUUCUGGCACGUGCAGCCCCCCUGGCCAACUGGCAGAAAACAAGGUGCAACCAGAACAAGCGCUGGAUCUGUGAAACAAGAGUCUUGAUCAAAGAAUCAGCUGCAUUAUCCUGAUUGAUUAAUUAACAUUUAUAGACAUGUAUCUAUCUACAUAAGCUGUUUUUUGUCAAAACUGAUGUAUGGUGUAUUUCCUGCUCUUCUUUUUGUUGUCUUUUUCUAAUUUAUUGCAAGUAUCCAUUCCUACAAAAUCACCUUUGAGUUAAAUAUAGGCCUGAAUAUGACAAUAUAUUUAAAAUGUAAAAACACAAAGAGAAUAAAAACUCACCUUUGUGCUUCGUGCUGGCUAAA